CAACCAACAAUGGCGGACACGCUUUUAUUGAGAGUGUUAAAAUCGAAGCCAAAUCAACUAAAAUUAAACAACCAAAAACUACAGACAAUUCCCAAAAUCAUCGGAAAACUUGAAAGACUAACUUUAUUGGACAUAAAGAACAAUAAAUUAAAGGAUCUGCCGGAUGAAGUGAGCCAUUUAUACGAGCUAACAAGUUUGAAUCUUGGAAACAACGAAUUUGAGGAGAUUCCGCAAUGUGUUAUAUCGCUCACAAAUUUAAUAAAAUUACACGCUUUUGGAAAUAAAAUUAGUAAAAUUAACCCUGUUUUAUUUGACAGUUUGGAGAAUUUAACAUUUCUGAAUUUGAAUGGCAACAGAUUGACUGAAAUACCCCCAGAAAUAUGCAGACUCGGAAACCUAAAAUUCUUGAGUAUUGACAAUAACAAAAUUGAUGGAUUUCCUCUGGAAUUCUGUGCUUUGACACAGUUAACAGAACUCCAUGCAGCAGGAAACAACAUUUCCAGUCUUCCGUUAGAAUUUGGCUUUUUGACAAAUUUAGAACGACUUCAUCUUCAGAAAAAUAAAAUACGUGAGUUACCGGAGAGUAUAGGAAAAUGCUAUAAGUUACGUGUCCUGGAUAUCGCAGCGAAUGAACUGAGAAUUUUUCCCACAGAGAUUGGCGCCAUUCCUUUAAAAGAGCUCUAUUGUGAAGAAAAUCCGCUUUUACAACAUAUACCAGUUCAUUCCGUCCAAGAAGAAGAGGUUUUAGCUUUGAAAGAGAUCACUGCACGAUUUAUAAUGAAAGAAUUGAAGGACAGAUGGUCAUAUUUACGGAAGUGUAUUCGCCACUAUCCUGAUAUAAGAGAUAUGUUAUCACAAGCUAGUAAAUGUGCAGUUUGUGGAGAAUCUUUUCUCAAUACCUGGUUAGAAUGCGUACGAUUCAUCAGCACAAAACAGAACUUGAAAGUAUCGAAUAUGUCCGGGUCUGUUCCGGUUAGAGCUCUGCUGUGUUCAUAUAAAUGUUUUAACAGUGCAGGUCAUGAUUAUUAUGGUGUUGCAUUCCCAUAGCAUUCAAUAACAUUGUUAUGAGCAAACAAAAACAUUGUUAGUAAUGUUAGUGAUAUGAAAAUUUACUGUAUAUUACUCAGGAUUUACCAUGUACAGUUCUUGUAAAAAAUUUUCUAAUUCAAAUCUAAUGAUACUGUCAUUAUAAGUUCUGUACCAGUAUUAAUCAUACAUCAGUUAGUAUCAUGAAAGGUGCCGUAUAAAAUAAUAUUUACCAUAUACUACACACAUGCCUGGAUAUAAAGCACCUGUCACAGACAUUGUCAAGUACAAAUUUAUCACAUAACAUACAUAUAUUUCAUUAUUAAAAAAUGUUAUGUGAUAUUUGUGUCUAUGUCUGUGGCAGGUGCCUUAUGUCCAGGCGUGUUUCACACCAACGAAUAGCUGUGACUUUAUUCUAGUCGUUAUAUGCAAGCCGAGCUGGUGAGCGAUAUUUGUCUAAAGAUUAGAUAAAUCAUGGACAUCCAUGGAUAAAUCUACUCUACUGGCUGACAGACAUCUUCCUUGUUGCAGUGUAAGCUUUAAUUAAUUUUAUGAAAUGACAGUUCUGUUUACAAAUAAGUUUAGAGGGCGCCAUCAGACAGAGAUAAUCUAAUUAACUACAUGAAAGACAUAUAUAUUCCGAGGCACUGGCGAAUUUGUUUACCUUGAGACAUUUGACUAUAAAUUUCAGGAGUUGCAGUACAAUAAAAAAUUAAAUAAUAUAUAUAUAUGAGAGAGAGAGAGAGAGAGAGAGAUGGGGUUUAACAUCCACUCUACAUAAUUUCAAUUAUUUCGCUUGUGCGUAGCGGUCUUUAGCAGUGGGAGGAAACCGGAGGAGACGGAUAAAACCAACAGGGUUGGACAGGCGACCCUACUCCAUGUCAACUGGGGAAUCAAAACCAGGUCUGUUUACUCAAUGACAGACCUUAUGAUACAGCGCGCAUGUGCUAACCAUUCCCCCCCCCCCCCCCCCCAAUAUAAUAUGUAUGUCCUAAAUUUUGUCUCAAGAUAUGACCUCUUUUUGUCUAAUUUUAACUCAGCAUGAAGAAUUGGUAUUGUAUGGAUUGAGUAUUAAGUAUGGUUUGGGUACUGUAUAAAUUGUACAGAUUUAUGUUAUUUAUUUUUUACAAAAAUAUAUAUUGUUAUGAAUGAGUGUAUACAUAUUAAAAGAUGAAAAUCAAAAAUUGUAAAAAAAAAAACCUUGUUGUUGAUAAAAUUAAGACCUGAAAAAGGGAGAAAAUAUCAGAAAUCAUUGUUAUCAGAUGUGUUUUGUUAAUCACACAGGAGGACUACAUUUUUUGUUGUUGAUAAAAUUAAGAACAACAAAAAGGCGAAAACAUCAAAAAUCAUAGUCUAUGUCAGAUCUGUUUUGUAUAAUCACAUAGGCUUACAUUUGCUGUUUAAUUAAUAAUUUAUUAUAAAUCAAUAAAAUCUCUGAUAUUUUUCUAAAAGCAGAUGCUUUUCUGUGAAAAUCUGAUCAUUUAUUCUUUUCAACUCAUUUUACACAAUGUGAAGUUCACUCACAGCAUGGAACCCUUCAUUAAUAGUAUACCCUGGCAAGAAUUCAAUUACUUUGUAGCAAUAUUAAAAAAUUUGUAGCUAUUUUGAAUUCACAAAGCAUGAGAGUUUGUGAAAUGAAUAUAUGACAUAUCAUUGUAAUACUGAA